CUUGGAUGAGUUGUGAAUACAAAUAUACUUAGUAAUGCGCUAUGCGAUCGCUGUGGCAGCCGUCCCCAUCAAAGAGCACCACACAAAAUGCUCAGACGUAAGUGGAUCGCUCUGGCGCUUUUGGGCACAGUCAUGGAUUUCCUUCCAUGUGCCAACUGCAUCACUGGGAAAAACCAUAUGAGUUUUCACUGGCGGCAAGUGGAUAAAGAGAUCGCUGUGGCUGCUCGAACACCCGGACAAUCUCCAUGCCGCCACCUCGGAGUAUUCCAUCAUCAUGGCGCUGACGUUUCUAUUGCAUGCCAUGUGCCAUUGCCACAAACCAUCCACAUUCCCAUCGUCAUCCGCAAGCCCGUGCGCAAUCCCGAUCCCAAGCCGAAUCCCAAUCCCAAUCUCGUUUUCCAUUCCCUCGACUGCACUGCACUCUCGCAUGCAAUUAAUAUCAUUUUUAUGUUUCUAAUGACAUUCGCUGCGCUGCAUUUGGUGUGCGUUUAG